AUGAUCUCUUCAUCAGACUAUGCCACUAUUCCCGUCUCAUCACUCCCACAAUUCCCAGAAAAGAUCGGUUUGUUAACCAGUAAGUGAUUAGCAUCUCGAUGACAUCCAAGAUGAUAUCAUAACUUUGUCGCCCAACUCGUUUUGCGCGCCGUUCUCGGCGCAUCUUCACGUAUAAAUGGGCUUGAGACAUGUUAUUGUAGUCGGUGUUGUCGACGAAAUUCGCGCCUUCCGGACUGAUCUUUCCUCUCUUUACAACGAAUGGGUGGAACCACGUGUUAGCGGAAAUGGGUGGCUGAAAAAGUUAUCUGGAAAUGGUGAUAUUAUUCUUUGGUUAUCGUUGAUAAAACGACCAACCAGACGGGUAAUGAACUUUUUAGGAAAGCGAAAAGUGUGGUCGUGGAAGAUGGAUGUCCUAGCGGUUGAAAUGGUGUUGUCAGAAAUUUUGUGCUGCUCUUAAACCUUCACAUACGAAAUUUAAACUCUCAGAUUACCGUAUUCUUUGUUUUGAUGAUUUUUUAUUUUUGAUCGCAACGAUCCCUUUCGAAAUUUUCGCUCCUGUCUUUAUCAGAAGUUAAACUAUUAUACGAUAAUCAACCAUUUCAGAGAGUCAUGGCAAUCCCAGCAGAAAUUAUAAAUACCGUCACUUAUCAGCUCCCCGACCUCAAGAUCACCAAUGCUCUUCUUAUUAGUGAAGAAGAUGUCUCUAUACCGUAAGAUUUCAACCUUGAUUUUACCAUAGUUUUCUAGAAAUAUCCCAGAGGAAGCAAAUGCUCAAGGAACAACGAUUGAGGCUCUUGACAAAGUAGAAAGCGGCUCAAAGGACAUUGUAAUCAUCAACAGGCUUUCCGCUGGAGAAGUAAGUCGAAGUUAAAAAAGAUUUAUCAUCCAAGACAUCGUGCUCAUGUCAGGUGUAAGAAAAAUGGCUCCAUACAGUUUUUUCCAGGCCGGAUGCCAGUCGUUGUAAUAUUCAGCUCUUGCUUUUAGGUCUCACUUUUGUUUGUAUGUUUUGUAUUACAUAAUAUUACAUUUCAGAAGAACCAGCCGAAUCUUGACAAAAUCAUGAAAAAUACAUUGAGAAUCCUCAAGAACGAGGGGGUUGCCGUGGCUUAUGAAGAUUUUGGUAAGAGGUGAUGUGUGUUUCUAUCAAUAAAUUUUAGAUGAAAUAACCCACUCAGAAGUCGCGAGCUUGUCAACUUUAUUUGACACGUUCGAAAACAAAGAAGGCGAAAAUACAUCCAGCUUCAAGUUGUUGGCUAUGAAUCAAACUUCAGUAAGCUUGAGAGUGACAAGAUUUGAGCAUAAUGUGUUUUAUGAUAGAAUUAUGUCAAAAGUUAUAUUUAUUAAAAAAUCCAACUUUUCAGGAAGAGACCACGGAAGGUGUCUAUUGGAUUAUGAUCAAGCACACUGCCAUUGGCGACGAAAACCUCGUGUUCCGUUCAUUCUUGGACAGAACUCAAUACGUCCCGCAGAACGUGGAAGCUUACGAAUGGAUCUUCGGGAAGGAGUUCCUCAGUCCCGGCGGAGUUAACAUGAAUCGCCGAGUUUUCUCUCAAUUCGAUGAUCUUGAGGAAGGAAAGAAAAUGUUGGAUAUUGGAUCAGGAUUGGGUGGAAGUGUGAGACAAGUGGCCAGAGACGUUGGUCUCAAAGUCACGGCCUGUGAUAUCAGCGCCAACAUGAUGGCCUUGGCCAUUUUGAGGCACAGGCAACGCCCCGUUGACGGCAUUACUUACAUGUUAGCGGACGUGAUGAGAUAUCAGUUCAAACCAGAGAGCUUUGAUUAUGUAUAUACCAAAGAUUGCAUCCAUCAUAUCUUUGACUUGGAUUCACUGUUGCGAAAGAUCAGAGUAAGCUUUUAUUCAUGGUCUAAAGUACGAUAUGACAACCUAAAGUAACAUCGGUAAUUUUUAGGAGAUCUUGAAGCCCGGAGGUCAGUUGAUCAUCACGAUGUACGGCCGAGGAUAUGGGCCAUUUACUGAGGAAUUCAAACAGUUUGUCAGCUCAAGGAGAUAUCAUUUGAAUACCGUUGAAGAGAUGGAACAACGGGCCAAAAACGCCGGGUUCUCAGAAGUCGAAGCCGAAAACAUCACUCCAAUUUUCAAACAGUGCCUCGAGAAAGAGCUAAAACGAGCUGUAGACCACAAGGACGAGUUCUUAAAAGUAAAAUUUGACAAAAAUAAUUCUAGAAAUACUUUUUUCCAAGUCAAAAAAUUUGAUUUCAGCGUUUCCCUGAGGACAAAUACAACGGCCUGGUCGACGGCUGGAGACAGAAACUCGAAUUCAUCAAAGCCGACAACCAUAAUUGGCUAAAGAUCAAGUGUACAAAGUAA